GCAGCUGCGCCCGCCCUCCCCGUUAAACGGUGCGUGGCGGGGCCACCGGGUUCCUGCGGCGGCAGCGGCAGUUGCCCGACCUUGUUGCACGCUGAUAGCUGCCGUCGCUCGGCGGCCGCCGGUGCCUGAGAGAGAGUGGCCGCCGCACUCGCUCCUUCUUCCCUCGCCGCCGCGCGUGUGCCGUGCCGAGCCGAGCCGCCGGCGCGGCUGCAGCGGCGGGCGGGGAAGCGCUCCUCACCGCUCCGCCUCCGAUCGCCGCCCGCUGCGGGGAUGUGUGAUUGCCAUGGCGAGGCGGCUCUUCCCGGGGGCCUGGCUCAGGAAACCCCAGUACGCGCAGGUACGUUUCUCAUAUAUGCGGAUGAAGUAUCUCUUCAUCUCUUGGUUAGUAGUAUUUAUUGGCAGCUGGGUUAUGUAUGUUCAGUACUCUACCUACACAGAACUAUGCAGAGGACAUGACUGUAGGAAAAUAAUAUGUGAUAAAUACAAGACUGGAGUUAUUGAUGGGUCAGCAUGUAGCAGUCUUUGUGCUAAAGAAACAUUGUAUUUUGGAAAAUGUUUGUCAACAAAGCCCAAUAACCAGAUUUAUUCAGGAAUCUGGGGAAAUCUGCAAGGUGUCAUAAAAUGCCAGAUGGAAGAAGCUGCUCAACUUGAUUUGGGUACUGACCCAGAACCAAGGAAGGAAAUUGUCCUAUUUGAUAAACCAACAAGAGGAACCACUGUUGAGAAAUUCAAAGAAAUGGUAUAUGGUCUUUUUAAAGCAAAAUUGGGUGAACAAGGAAAUCUUUCAGAACUGGUUAAUCUCAUCCUAUCUUUUGCUGAUGGAAACAAAGACGGUAGCGUUUCUUUGCCAGAGGCGAAAUCUGCAUGGGCACUUCUGCAGCUAGAGGAAUUUCUAUUAAUGGUGAUCUUGCAGGAUAAAGAACACACUCCCAAGUUGAUGGGUUUUUGUGGGGAUCUCUAUGUGACUGAAAGAGUUGAAUAUACCUCUCUCUAUGGAAUCAGCCUUCCAUGGAUUAUAGAACUUUUCAUUCCCUCUGGCUUCAGAAGAAGCAUGGACCAAUGGUUUACUCCAUCAUGGCCAAGAAAGGCAAAAAUAGCUAUAGGGCUUUUAGAAUUUGUGGAAGAUAUUUUCCAUGGACCUUAUGGAAACUUUCUUAUGUGUGAUACAAGUGCCAAAAACUUGGGAUAUAAUGAUAAAUAUGAUUUGAAAAUGAUGGACAUGAGAAAAAUUGUGCCAGAAAUGAAUUUGAAGGAAAUAAUUAAAGACCGUCAGUGUGAAUCAGAUUUGGACUGUAUUUAUGGUACAGACUGUAGAACUCUAUGUGACCAAAGCAAAAUGAGAUGUACCACAGAAGUAAUUCAGCCAAACCUGGCAAAAGCCUGUCAGCUACUUAAAGACUAUCUGCUUCGUGGUGCUCCUCCUGAUAUCCAUGAAGAGCUAGAAAAACAACUGUAUUUGUGCAUUGCCCUUAAAGUCACAGCAAACCAAAUGGAAAUGGAGCAUUCAUUAAUACUCAAUAACUUAAAAACUUUAUUGUGGAAGAAAAUUUCCCAUACAAAUGAUUCUUAGCUUCUCCACCAGCAGAAGAUAAUAUUGAUGCCUGCCACUAGAGGUGGCCUACCACAUUUGAUAAAAAUGAUCAGCAUUUUAUAAAGAUGUUUCUUUACUCAGAUUUCAUGAAUGGCUCUUUUAACUCUUGCCCUUCAGUCAGUACCUUAUGACAGGGCUUCUCAAACAAUGAACAUGCCACUGAAUGAUCAGGCGGAGGCCAGAAGCAUUUCUGGAGUUCCCAGUGCUGUGUUAUGGAAACAAACCCCCUGCAUGCUUGACUGUUCUGCGCACUUUGUCAGAUCUUGAACAGGAUGGAAGUAGUCACUGUGCCACCACAUCAACUGAUGGAACAUCUUACAAUUCUGUGAAAAUCAUUGCUCACUUGUGAAAUACCUGCAAAAGAAUUUUAUCCUAAGUAGUCUUACGAAGAACCACCACUGUUGCGAACAAUGUGUUGGAGUCCAAGCUGCUGUUAUAAAUAAACUGAACUGUGAGAUUGAAGUUUACUAAUACCUUGGCAUGGCAGAAUUUGCACAUUAAUUUUUUUUUUUUAAACUGUGGAUAAUUAGAAUUUUAUUCUACAACUGACAGGUUGUUAUAUGAGACUUAAAUCAGAUUCUGUUUACACCUUGUUACCUCAUGCUUACAUCUUGAAUGUUUAAGUAGUUCAACACCUUUUAAUUAAGUCCUUAUACAGUGAAACAUAUUGGGAGCCAAGAAUUUUAGAAUAUGUUAUAUCUUAAAAUCAUGUCUAUGGUCUAGCAGCAAUAUCAACACCUGUUUCAAAAACUGUACAUUUUUGUAUUUCAGUUGAAACCUUUAACCCAACUUAAGCUGUAGCAAAUACUGGGAAGUAAGGAGUUAAUGGCAUAAGCUGUUGUAUGAGAAAGUAAGUUAAUCUGUUUUUUAAAAUAACCAAUAGCAGAAAUAUCCUAACAGCUAAGAAGGAAAGCCUGCAUAGUGUGGGAAUCUGCUGUAUGACAUGGGAAACAAGAAGUAAUUGUGGAGAGUCUUGACUCUUCACUGUGCCUCUAAAUUUACCUACAGUCUUGUAUUCAAAUCUUCUUGAACUACUGCAGGAAGCAUGUAAGCCAGAGCUGGACCUGAACUGUAGGACAGAAGCUGGAUGGUGAAAUAUUGGGUAAGUGGGAGCCUGUGAGAUAGUAACAGCUAGGAAGGUGGUGGAAUGUAAGUGAGCUGUGGUGUGUUAUUUUUUUUUUUCUUGCAGUGUCUGUGAGUCAUUGUUGAGUCUCAAGUGAUGAGUAAAUAAAUACCAUCUGAUCCUGACACUUGACAUGACCAACCACCUUUAACCUGCAUCCCUGUUGUGCCUCAGGUUUACAUCUAUGUUCACAAUUAUGCAGAAUUGGAUGUUAAUAUUGUGCUUAAUACCUAUCUGUUAACACUUAAUUUACAAAUGCUUUAGAGAUCAAGUACUUCAAUCCUUAAUGAUUUUAAUGGCUGUCAUCUAGAUACUUCUAAAUCCUGGCCCCAUAAUACAUGUUCAGCAUAAGAAGGAAAAGCUUCAUUUAAGUAUUUGAAAGGUUGUUAAUUGCUUUAUGUAUCCUGUAUUAAAUGCAUUCUUUGAAUGAUUAAAGUCACUUUUCCAUACCAUCUGUAAUUGUACGCAGCCUGGGGAAAGGUGUAUUGUUUUGUAAACAUCAGCUUUUUAGUAAGAAUUACUAAGCCAAUGCUGAUUAUUGUCUCUAACUUGAUAAUGUCCUCCAACCAUCAGCUAAUAUUUAUAGCCAGCAAUGCACUCAAGUGUAAAGUGGUCAUGUUCAUGGUAGAAAGAAAUCCAACUGUAACUGCUACUAGGUUUUGGGCAGUUACUAUUGAAUCCAAAGUGUUGGGUAUUUUAAACUGGAAAACAUGUUUAAUGGUAUACUUUGUACAGAACAUUCAUUUUUAUUGCUGUUGCAUCAAGUGGGAGCUUUCAUUGCGGAAAAAUACACUUUUGUUUACAAUAAA